GCAGCAAGCAGUUUGUUUGGUGUCCGAGAAAAUCAAAGCAUGGAGGCUUGUGUAGCUAGAUGUUCGGAUGGCGUGUUCUUCAGAUGCCUUAAUCGUUUCAAUUUUAGGCGUUCUUUCAAGCCAAUGGCGUCCAUCCAUGCAGCCUCAGAUGGAGGAAGGUGGUUUAACAGAGCAUACGAUGGAUUGUUGUUGGAUGCUGGGGGUACACUCCUGCAGUUGGCAAAGCCUGUCGAAAGCACUUAUGCCGAUAUUGGCAGGAAAUACGGUUUGACUGCAAGCUCAGCAGAAAUAAAGCAAGGAUUUAGGAGAGCUUUUGCUGCUCCAUGGCCUGAAAAGCUUCGCUACCAGGGUGAUGGGCGACCAUUUUGGAAACUUGUCGUUUCUGAAGCCACUGGUUGUGCAAAUAAUGAUUAUUUUGAAGAAGUAUAUGAGUACUAUGCAAAUGGUGAUGCGUGGCAUCUUCCAACUGGAGCUUCUGAAACAAUGUUCCUUCUCAAAGAUGCUGGAGUUAAGUUAGCCGUUGUAUCCAACUUUGACACCCGCUUAAGGAAGCUAUUGAAGGACCUCAAUAUUUUAGAUCUGUUUGAUGCUGUUAUCAUAUCUUCAGAGGUUGGAUAUGAGAAACCAGAUGCAAAAAUAUUUAAAGCUGCUUUGGAUCAAAUUGGAGUAGAGGCAGGGAAAGCAGUUCAUGUUGGAGAUGAUCAAGAGGCUGAUAAGGUGGGGGCUAGUGCUGUUGGGAUUGAUUGCUGCAGGUUAUGGGGAACUGAUGUAAAGACAUUCUCAGACAUACAAAAGCAAAUCCUCAUUUCAGAGCAUUAGCUUCUAAAGAAUUAGGAUUGGUGGUUUAAGUGAUUGCUUGAAAUAAGUAUUUAAGGGACUGAAAGGGUGCAAUUUAUUGGCACGGUAAACUACUUUCCAAAUAGUGGAGGACUUUCACGGGUACAUGUAAUGGAGUUUUUCAAUUUUAGUUUGAAUUCUGGAUCUGACAGCAUGAGUUCAAUCACCCUGGUGCAAUAAGAAUUGUUAAAAAGGCUGGAAUUUUAUUUUGGAUCAUUGUGAAUGCAAUGCACUGCUGAAAAUCAAUCAAAUAAUUGAUGCUUCCUGAA